GCAAAGAGACGAGGGAGAAUCAAAAAGAGAAAACCUAGGUUUCUGAAAUCGAUGGAUAGGCUUGAAGGACCACCACGUCUCAUACUUGUUGCUGAUCUUGAUUGCACAUUGGUGGAUCACGAUGAUCCUGAAAACACCGAUCUUCUUAGGUUCAAUGCGCUUUGGGAAGCUCACUAUCGCCAUGAUUCAUUGCUUAUUUACUGCACCGGGAGGUCUUUCAGCUCUUACAUGAGUCUAAGAAAGAAGAGACCGUUGUUGACUCCAGACAUCGCCGUAACUUCUGUGGGUUCUGAGAUUGUAUACAGCGGUGAAUCAACGGUGUCUGAUGUUAUUUGGACUGCUCGUUUGGAUUAUAAGUGGAACAGAGACAUUGUUGUUGAGGAAACUUCUAAUUUCCCUAAACUUGAGCCUCAGCCAGACAAGAGCCAAGAAGAGCACAAAGUGAGUUUUUUUGUGGAAAGAGAAGACGCUGUUGAAAUAAUGAAGGAACUUCCAGGGAUAUUAGAGGAGCGUGGGGUGGAUGUGAAGCUGGUUUAUAGCAAUGGCUAUGCUUUCGAUGUAUUACCACGAGGAGCUGGCAAACAAGGUGCUUUGACAUAUCUACUUGACAAGUUGGAUAUUGAAGGCAAUCAGCCUUCUAAUACACUUGUCUGCGGUGACUCUGGAAACGAUGCUGAGCUUUUCAACAUUUCUCAAGUAUAUGGUGUAAUGGUUAGCAAUUCGCAUGAAGAAUUAUUGCAAUGGUAUGAAGAAAAUGCAAAGGACAAUCCAAAAAUAUUUCAUGCGUCCGAGAGAUGUGGAGCUGGUAUCAUAGAAGCCAUUCAGAGGUUUAAUUUGGGACCAAGUGUCUCUCCAAGAGAUGUUUUGGACGCUGAAAAUUUCCUCGCGGAAAGUAUGAAUCCUGCUCAUGAGGUUGUUCAGUUUUAUUUGUUUUAUGAGAGAUGGCGUUGUGGAGAAGUGGAGAAGUCUGACAAGUAUUUGCAGAAUUUGAAAUCGCUCUCUAGUCCACUUGGUAUUUUUGUUCAUCCGUCUGGAGUGGAGAAACCGAUACAUGAAUGGAUAGAUGAGAUGGAAAAUUUAUACGGUGAUGGGAAGGAAAAGAAGUUUCGCAUUUGGUUGGAUAAUGUUUCGUCUUCUCAUAUCAGUUCAGAUACAUGGCUUACAAAAUUUGACAAGCAUGAGUUAUCUGAGGGAAAAGUACGGUCUUGUUCAACAAAAGUCUUACUGAGUUAUAAGGAGGAAAAGCAAAGGCUGACGUGGAUGCACAUCCACCAAUCAUGCAAAGUAGCAUUGUCUCAGUUUGAUGAGCUAUGGCUAGUAGGGGACGAUGAUCCACUCAACGCGUUGCAGACAAGGCGCGAAAGAAGAGAAGAGAGGUGCGAUUACUCGGUGGGGAAAUGGAUGUACGAUGAAACGUAUCCGCUCUAUGACUCAAGCUGUCCAUAUCUGAGCUCUGCGCUAAGUUGCCAGAGAAAUGGAAGGCCUGACUCUUAUUACCAGAAAUGGAGAUGGAUCCCCAAGGUACAGUCUGUGAUUCCCACUCAUCGUAAGAAGCUCACUUACAAUGGUCCUACAAUGUCUUUCCAUUCUCUGGAUUUUGAGACAUCGAUUGAGUUUUGUUGGGCUCCUCUGCUUGUGGAACUCAAGAGAGGAGUUGACCGUAAAAGGGUGUUACAUUUGGACUCAAUCGAAGACAAUGCUAGAUAUUGGCGUGGUGUCGAUGUUCUUGUAUUCGAUUCCGCUCACUGGUGGACUCACUCUCAGAAAUGGAGUUCGUGGGAUUAUUACAUGGAUGGGAAUAAGGUCUUUAAAUCUAUGGACCCAAUGGAUGCUUAUGAGAGAGGACUAACCACAUGGGCUAAAUGGGUUGAGAUAAAUCUUGAUCCAUCUAAAACAAUAGUCAUUUUCCGCACUGUCUCACCGAGAGAAAGUGGUCAAAUGUGCUACAACCAGAAACAUCCCUUGCCUUCUCUAUCUUCUUCUAGCAAACCACACGUGCCUCAACAUUCAAGAGUGUUGAACAAAGUGCUUAGCAAAAUGAAAUAUCGAGUCUAUUUGCACGAUAUCACAACGAUGUCGGCGUAUAGAAGAGAUGGUCAUCCUUCGGUGUUCAAGAGAGCAAUGCACGAGGAAGAGAAGCACCAUCGUACUACUGGACCUUCAUCAGAUUGCAGUCACUGAUCUCUCUUUUGGAGCUUUCGCGUGGAGCUUCACAUGGCGAUGGAGAAAUGGGUGUUAAUGGUGACGGCGCAAACUCCGACGAACAUUGCGGUGAUUAAGUAUUGGGGAAAGAGAGAUGAGACUCGGAUUCUCCCCGUUAACGAUAGCAUUAGCGUAACUCUUGAUCCCGAUCAUCUCUGUACCGUUACUACUGUCGCCGUUAGUCCUGGGUUUGAUCGGGAUCGAAUGUGGCUCAAUGGCAAGGAAAUCUCUCUAUCUGGAAGUAGGUACCAAAAUUGUUUGAGGGAGAUUCGAAGUCGUGCUGGUGAUGUUGAAGAUAAGGAAAAGGGGAUUAAGAUAGGGAAGAAAGAUUGGGAGAAAUUGCAUCUUCAUAUUGCUUCUCAUAACAACUUCCCUACUGCUGCUGGCUUAGCAUCUUCAGCUGCUGGAUUUGCUUGUCUAGUUUUUUCUCUUGCAAAGUUGAUGAAUGUAGAUGAAGAUCCAAGCCAUCUUUCUGCAAUAGCCAGGCAAGGUUCAGGAAGUGCUUGCCGUAGUUUAUUUGGUGGAUUUGUCAAGUGGACAAUGGGAAGUAAAGAAGAUGGAAGUGACAGCGUUGCAGUUCAACUGGCAGAUGAGAAGCAUUGGGAUGAUCUUGUUAUCAUCAUUGCUGUGGUGAGUUCACGGCAGAAGGAAACGAGCAGUACCUCCGGAAUGCAUGAAAGUGUUGAGACGAGUUUACUUUUACAGCAUAGAGCAAAAGAAGUUGUGCCAAAACGGAUUUUGCAAAUGGAGGAAGCUAUAAAAAAUCGAGACUUUGCAUCCUUUACACAAUUGACAUGUACAGAUAGUAAUCAGUUUCAUGCUGUUUGUCUGGAUACAUCUCCACCCAUAUUCUACAUGAAUGACACUUCACACAGAAUUAUUAGCUUAGUUGAAAAGUGGAACCGUUCUGAAGGGACACCACAGGUUGCUUACACAUUUGAUGCUGGUCCAAAUGCUGUACUGAUUGCACGCAACAGAAAGGUCGCAGUCCAAUUGCUUCAGGGGCUUCUGUACUAUUUCCCCCCUAAGUCAGACACUGAUAUGAAGAGUUACGUAGUGGGGGAUAAUUCGAUUCUAAAGGAAGCAGGACUAGAUGGAGCAAGUGGUGUCGAGAAUCUGCAACCUCCGCCUGAAAUUAAAGACAACAUUGGAUCUCAGGAUCAGAAAGGAGAAGUCAGUUAUUUUAUCUGCACUAGACCUGGAAAAGGUCCCAUCGUGCUUCACGACCAAACUCAAGCCCUUCUCAAUCCUGAAACUGGCCUUCCUAAGUGAGCAUUUUCUCAGCUUCAAACUAAUAUUAUGAUUAGCAUCCUUUAACUGCAAGUUUAAGAAACGAUAUCUGUGGCAGAAUAGGUGCAGCUUCGUUGUCAUCUAACUGUUAGCUUUACUAUUUCCAAAUAAAAGAAAUUCUUUGGUUAUGUUUUACCAGAGUAAAUCUUUUUACUGCGA